UCUAGUACUAAGGAAUGGGAAAAGGGAAGUUUGGAUUCACUCCUGAAAUGGAUGCACCCUUAGCCCUGAAAUGGAAGCCCGCCCUUUCAGCUGAAAUGACCCGUAUCCCCGGGCCGUUGUCGGUGAAUAUAUGGUAUGUGAAAAAAAAAUUCGAUAAGCUCCGACUUGUGUGCGGAGAUCAUUAUGGUCCGAUAGAUCACCAUAUUGGAAGUAGAUAUUUCAGCUGACACCUCAUGCUAACCACAUGAACCAAUAACGCGAAUUGUUGUGUUAACCCUCUGAAAUAGUAUUGGUUGAUUUAUUUUCCGGACGUUUGUCUUAUCCACCGGACAUUAACUGUGAGGACCACCACUGGAGAAGUAUGUGGAUAUCAAAUAAAUUGACUGCUAUUUGCGUCUCUUAUCUUUUCAGUGCAUCAAAUUUGAAACACAUAGAUUUGUUGAUCCUCUGUAAGAUGAUAGCGACAAAUAACAGACAACAACUUGACGUUCACAGCUCUGGCCUUAUUUUGAUAAAACAAACUCCAGUCAGAUUGAUAAGAGUAGAAAGCUAUGUGUACUGUGAACACAACAAAUGGUAACUUUAACCCAAAUGACUACUGAUGAUACAGCAUUAUUAUAAUAUUAAUCACAAGCUUAUGUUGAAAUCACAUGAGGUGAAAAUCACGGAUAAUACUACAAUAUAAAGAUUACAGUUGAGUACUCGGGGUUUUGAGUACAUCGCUUGACAAUCAUGGAGACAUUAUUAGCUGUUUUGUUCUUAUUUUUGGGAACAGCAUCUGCCCACAUUUGCUUAAUUUCUCCACAACAAAGAGGACAGAUAGACAUUAGCACUAGUGGUAGCAGGACAUGUUUUAAACAUGGCUUCCCUUGUGGUGGAGAUUCGCCAGCUGCUCCACAAUUUAUUCUAGAAGCUGGACAACCAGCAUUCAUCAAAUGGCAACAGAACUACAAUCAUUAUGAAGUAGGAUUUCCAGGUUAUAUGGAUAUAUCUUAUGGUCCAGUUAACAGUACACAGGAAAGUCAAUGGACAGUAUUAGCAGUUGUUUCAGAUAAAUAUGUAUUCUCUCAAGACUACCAGGAAAAUUAUACAGCAAUUGUGACAAUACCAAACACUCCAUGUGAUCACUGUGUACUUAGGGUAAGAUACAACGCCCACAAAGCAGGGGAAGAUACUUUCUACCAAUGUUCGGACGUACAUGUUUCAUCUAACACAGGACAUGCGUCACCCUUAAAGUUUCCACUCACUGAUUCAAAAGAUAAGGCUCUUCAGGGAGCUGUUCAAUUAACUCAUCGUAAAAAUAAUCCUAAAAAUGUCAAAGGAGCUGAAUCUUUCUAUGGUGAAGCAUAUGAUCCCUUCAAUCCGUCCAGAAUCACCUAUGUCCAAAUAGAUCCCACGACUGGAGAAAAAACGAGCAUUAAGAGAAUGGACUUUGGUUUGGAUGGUGGCAACUCCCAAGCUGGCGAUACCAAAUAUAUUGCAGAUACCGUUGUUGGUGUAGAUCCAGUCGGGAAAUCAACUGUUUUUAUGUUCCAUGGUGCUGGUUCUCUCGAUGUUAUUCCCAAACAAUUACUAGAGAUCGGUUUGUCAAACGGAAGUGUCUUGAAUACACAACAUAUCCCAGCCCUAGACGGUACAAUGGCUAUCAAUGGUUUAGCCUACAUGUACCCAGAACAUUACUUGACAUUCAGCCUCCAGGAAGAGUCUACAAAACCAGGUAACUUUUACUUUGUUGUUGGUAUUCUCGACCACACUGGUGGUUGGAAAAUGCUGGCUAAAACACCAACAACUGAAAACCUUUACGUCAAUUACCAAUCUAUAGUUUACAACAGAGGCAAACAUUUACUUCAUAUAUUGAUGGGAAAUGAAAACGCUGCCGAUGCGUUGAAUGCGAGGAUAUACACAUUUAACGUUUCUCCAAGCACAGAACGAUUCCAAGGUUUCCGUGAACUGGAUGUUUCGAGUUUUACGUUUAUGUCUAUCGACGUGUAUGAAAAAACUGGUCAGGUACUAGCUAUAUCACCAGGAUUAUUUACAGAUACAUAUCCUAGUUAUAGUCUGGUUGAGAUAAACCCUAUAACUGGUAACGUCACUCAAAUAAUGAAGGUCACUCCUCCAGGUAUAUUUGAAAAAUAUUAUGGUGGAUCUGUUGUUAAUGGCUUAGAUCAACUGAACGGUCAACUUAAACAUGUGUUCAGAGUCGCUGAUUCAGAAGCAGAUGUAAUUGCAUCUAUUAACAUUGACAGUCAAACAGUUACCUUCUCCCAAAUCACCAACUUGAGACAUAUACAUAACAUAGUUCACGUCCCUGCCACACCUUAAAUAGUCACCCAGUUACUUCUCUUCAUAAAACCAUAUUGUCAUAUUACUCAAGACAGAAAUUACUAAAUGAUUUUUUAUAACAAAAUAAAAACUCUAGAUCUAAUGAAAACAUUUUUAUGCAUACAUUGUAUUUUUUUUUCUCACAAAAAUACAAUU